UGCGAUAAACAUUACACCGAGGCCAUUAAUGUUUAAUGAGGUUUGUCUCCCAAUUAAUGCGCUUUUCCCGUGGGUACCCACUCGCAGAGCGAGGUGCCCGCCGGACGACACGCCGAGGCCAUGGGUGACGAGCAAGUGCCCGAGCAGGGCCAGGACAGAUUCAGCUACGACUAUGACACCAUCCGAAACGGGGGGCUGAUCUUCGCCGUCGUGGCUUUUGUGAUCGGGCUCCUCAUCAUCCUCAGCCAGCGGUUCCACUGCGGAGGGAAGAAGAAGAGGAGACAAGGGAACGAGGAGGAGCUGUAGGUGCAGAGCUGCAAUGCCGUCAUGGAAGCAGAGCUCCAGCCGAAGCCCAGGAGUCCUGGCCAGUGGCCACCCCUCACCCCGCUCCUGUGGAUCCCCGCAAGGCCAGAACGCAAAUUACCCUCGUGCUUCUCCCUCUCUUAGACCCAGCAAGAGUUUCUUGGCUAAUAAAGUUCAAGCUCCGAGAGGUUAAA